AUGAAACUCGUUUUGUCAACUUUCUUUUUGGUUUUUGCCAUCGUAACUGUGAAUUGUGCAAAAUAUGACGCUGAAUUAGCGUCGGUGCUGAAAAAACUAAAAGCUUUUGACUUGGAAACUACAGAUCAAGCCGGUCUUGAGGCAAUUCCAUUGGAUGUUUUCAUGUGGCUGACUUUUGUUGACUUCGAUUGUGUUGAGGAGAAGCUGAAUAUCCAAAAUGUCGAUAGGAAGCAAGUUCAAGACAUCAAUAACUUGUUGGAAUUUGAAAAAUUAAAUAUAAACAAUAAAAAAUUGUUUGUGGCUAUCGGAAAUGCCGCUAAGACAUGCAGCAGGAAGUCAAAAGAGUUUAAAGACGCAGGAAUUCAUCAAAUAUUGUCACUUCGUGCAUUUACAGCAAAGCUGAUCUUCCCAGAUGUAAGACUAAAUGAGAAUCGAGCUGAAGAAUGCUUUAAAUGGGCACUAAGCAGAAUUGAGCCUGAAUCACGGCUUGUUGAAGGAUUUGAUGUCAAUUCCAUGCAGAACAACAUAUCAACAUGUGAGAAGCACACAUCAAUUAAGAGCUAUAGAGAGAGUUUAGUAAGGCAAAUGAAUAAAUUGGACAUUAAGUCAUGUGACGUAGACAAAUACGAGCAGCCAACUACAGUCGGCUACAACGUCAUGAAAAUGUUUUUGUUCUCAAAAGUCGCUGAUAAAAUGCCAGAAUAUAGAGAGGAACUGAGCGAGUCGGUGAUCAAGUUUGAGGCAGAUUUGCUUGAAACUCAGAUGAAUUGCAUUUUGAGAGACUUGAGAGAGGAUUAG